AUGCCGCCAUCUAUGCCUCGAUCAAUAACAACCGGUUGUUCUUGUGAGUGUUUGGCAUCCAACAAUUUCAAACCAAGAAGACAAAAUAACGUUAUUUCUUCAACAACAAAAGAUUUGUGGGAGCGUGUUUUUUAUCAAGGUUAUAAAGCAGAUGUUUGCAUUAAUACCGAUAACGGCGGCGUUGUUUACGCUCAUUCUAACAUUCUUGCCAUGGCUUCUCCUGUAUUGAGAGGGAUGUUAAAACAAGCAAAUCGAAGUGGUCGAUGGCGAACAAUCUCAAUCAAUGGGGUCCCACAUGUAGCAGUUCAAGUUUUUAUUCGACAUUUGUACACUUAUAGUUAUGAGAAAGAAGAAAUGGAUGAAUUGGUACUACAUUUGUUGGUGUUGUCACAUGCAUUCAUGGUUCCUCACUUGAAGUGUGAAUGUGAACGAAAGUUAGAAUUGGGUUUAGUCACCAUAGAUAACUUGGUCGAUGUAUUUCAACUAGCCUUGUUGUGUGAUGCUCCAAGACUUAGUCUCAUCUGCCAUCGCAAGAUACUCAAAAACUUCAAAGUUGUGUCAGAGUCAGAAGGAUGGAAAGCAAUGAAGUCAAGUCACCCGGCUCUAGAAAAGGAGAUUUUAGAGUCAAUGAUCGAUGAAGAGAAUAUUAAAAAGGAAAGGACGAGAAAAAUGAAAGAGAGAAAGGUAUAUCUCCAACUUUAUGAGGCUAUGGAAGCGCUUGUUCACAUAUGUAAAGAUGGUUGUCGAACUAUUGGUCCUCAUGAUAAAGAUCUUCAAGCAAACCAACCAUGCAAGUAUUCAGCAUGCAACGGGUUAGAGUUGCUUGUUCGUCAUUUUGCUGGAUGUAAGUUGAGAGUUCCUGGAGGGUGUGUUCAUUGUAAGAGGAUGUGGCAAUUAUUGGAGCUACACUCUCGAUUAUGUGCUACUCCAGAUGAUUGCAGAGUUCCCUUGUGCAGGAACUUUAAGGAACGAAUAUCAAAACAAAGCAAGAAAGAUGAAAUUAGAUGGAAAAUAUUGGUGGAAAAGAUCUUGAGAACAAGAGGAAUUGGGAUAGCAUCGUGUUUUCUGCAGCAAUGA